UCCACAGAAGUGAGCUUUGCAGAGAAGUCGGCUUGCGCCGACCGGCGUUGUCAGGUGCAUAAUCUGACAAAAAGUGUGCUGGUCGUUGAUAGCGCUGUAUUUUCAUAUUCAUAGGAUUCAUAGCGUAACACAAUAACGAUCGUGGCCCGAGCGUCUAGAGCAGGUUAAAUUGACUCCGCUUCAGUGUUGUCAUGGCGCCUCCUCGCAAGGUAAGAACCGCUGCGGAAGAAGCGGAUCGUAAAGCUGCGCGAGCGGCUGCGGCCAGGCAACGUCGGGCACAGCAGAGCGACGAGCAGAGAGCAGCACAAACCGCAGCUCGCCGUCGACGCCGGGAGGACUGUUGGGUUCGCUUGCGGGAAAACUACGCCAAAAGACGUCGCCGCGAAGACCCUGAGGUGCGUGCUGCCGAAAACGAGGCGCGGCAUCUUCGCCGCGUAGAUCCUCUUGUGCGUGCUGCCGAAAACGAGGCUCGACGACUCCGCCGUGCGGAUCCUUGGGUCCGCGCAGCUGAGAACGAGGCCCGAGAAAUCCGCCGCGAAGACCCUCGAGUGCGCGCAGCCGAGAAUGAGGCCCGUCAACUCCGCCGUGUGGAUCCUUGGGUGCGUGCAGCCGAAAACGAGGCUCGACGCCUUCGUCGCAUGGAACGUGAGGCCAGGGCGUUCCGACAAGUGGACCCUCAGACAUCAUCAGCGAAUCUGGCAGACAUAAUCAGCUUGCAGUUGUUCAAUUUGAUAUCCUCGGCCAGGCUUGUUCACCGUGCAGCGGCUGGAUCAUCAAUGUCUGGCGGCGACGUGACCCAGCAGCUUGAGCCUGGAGUCUUCACUGAGCAUGAGGGCGAUCCCAUGGUCUCUAUUUCAGCUCCCUCCACCAGCCACAAGGAAGAGCCAUGUGAGCCAAGCGACCCCUGUGCCGGCUGCCAUACAAAGACUGGACGUGAGUACUACACAAAACUGAUGUGGAAUAUCAGCGUACAAGAUGCUGUAAUUGCCCACAACAUCAUCACCGUGCAGACAAAACCAAAGUGCGAGAGGAGCAUCUUCAGGAUACCUCUGGUGAGACGUCCACUCGGGACGGACAAUCAACAUGCGAGGAUAGCCACGAAGAGCACCCAGAUGACCAUGAAGAUGACGCAUAGCGUUUUAACGCAGACAAAGCCAAAGGUCGGUACACGGGACUGCCAUAUUUUACGAAGUAUGCCUCUGUGUUUUUUUCUUAUUUGUUCUUUUUUGCUCUAUAUCCCCUUCGGGUGCUAAUUGAAAUUCACGUUCUGGGAAUGUGGAAAAUUAGCAUGGCAUGUUUCUAAGGCACUCCGUAUUACAUUCCAAGAAAGGAAAUGAUGAAAUGUAUUGUUUUGUGCAAGUUUCAGUAAUUGAUAGUAAUUAACAUAUAAUUAAGUUGAUAAUUAUUAUUUAAUCAGUCAGCAUAAACAUUUGCACAAAAAGAAUUAAGUAAUAGACCCAAGUUGGAAUACAUUUUGUUUCUUCAUUGCUUUCAUUUCAAGCAAAGAACAAAAAUGCUCUUGACGUGGUUCUUGGAACUCUGCACGUCAACUGUUGGUAGAACUUUGUAGUGUUGCCAGCAAAGUGAUCCUCUGCAGCGUUUCGCAGAAUAAAGAAGCUAAACGACCAGUAUUGGCUCACUUCGAAAGGUCGCAUGAAUGCCCACACUGCAUUUCAAGUCAUUUUAAUAAACACAUGAUACGUGGUGCGCCUCUAAAUUUGAUGUGUGCAAUUGUACACGCUGCCGCUGAAUGGGAUAUAUUCAAAAAGAUCAUGCGAGAUUGCACGGUUUUAACUGAUGUAGUGAAAUUCCAGUCAUUGAGUAGAAUGCUCAGAGGCAUACAUUAUGUGUGAUAAUAAAUUUAAAUGAUUAAUCUGGAAAUUAACAAAAUUCCACAAAUCAAUUAUUUCAUAGCAGUUCAUGAAUUUCAGUCAGAUUGCAAGGCACGUUAACUUGGACCAAACUCUUAUGAUGGCACCGAUUUCGAGUAUAUCCAUGGUAACAUUAUGCUAGUAUUUCAAUUAGUACCAUUUAAAUGUAAUGCUAGUGCAUUUUAUUGCUUCCUUUUGAAUUAUUAAAUUUCAAUACUAGUGUUGGGAGUCGGUACGCCUUGUGUACUCCUAUGUUGCAGCUUGUGAAUUGCAUUGUACGUAAAAAAAUUAACUUAAACGUAUAACCUAAUAAAAAUCAAACAGGUGUUAACUAUGCAUUCCUACUUUGGCAAGUAAGGUUCAUCUAAGCUGAAGAACUGCGGUUUUGCUAUCUUCCAUAGGCAUUUUAUGCAAAAUCUUUGUAGGCUUAUAAAAACAAAUACCGUUCAAAUGCGAAUAAUAGAUUUCAUUUCAUGUUAAGCUGACUUUUUCUCUGCCAUUUGUAAAGUGCUCAAAUUUUUUUUUAUCUUGGAUUCUGCAAUAAACUCUGGCAUGUUUCCUGUGUGCGUUUUUCCCAAAGGUUUUCUCUGUACAUCAUAAUUUCUAUUUUCAAAAUUGUAUCAAGGAAUACAAGGUUUAUAACUGCUAUUGCAAUAAAAUACUUGAUUGCAAGUAUGUUUCUCAUCAGAAUGAAUUAACUUUUAUUUUUGGUUUGA